CGGCGGGAGGCGGGGCCCGGAAGCGGCGCGCGGGGCCGGCGAAUCCCGCGGCGCCAGGUCGGAGCGGGGCCGGAGUAUGCGGGGCGGCCGGCGGCCGGCGGCGCGCGGCGCGGUCGUUCCCCCGCGGAGGUGGCGGCGGCGCGCGGCGGCGGUCCUGUGAGCGGCGGCGGCCGGAGCGGCAGGCCGGGCGGGGCCCGCGGCUGAGAGGCGAGUGGGCCGGGGGCGCCGCGCGCGGGGCGGCCAUGUGGAGCGGCCGCAGCUCCUUCACCAGCCUGGUGGUGGGCGUGUUCGUGGUCUACGUGGUGCACACCUGCUGGGUCAUGUACGGCAUCGUCUACACCCGCCCGUGCUCCGGCGACGCCAACUGCAUCCAGCCCUACCUGGCGCGGCGGCCCAAGCUGCAGCUGAGCGUGUACACCGCGACGCGGUCCCACCUGGGCGCUGAGAACAACAUCGACCUGGUGUUGAACGUGGAGGACUUCGACGUGGAGGCCAAAUUUGAGAGGACAGUUAAUGUUUCUGUACCAAAGAAAACAAGAAAUAAUGGGACACUGUAUGCCUACAUUUUCCUCCAUCACGCUGGGAUCCUGCCAUGGCACGAUGGGAAGCAGGUGCACCUAGUCAGUCCUCUGACCACCUACAUGGUCCCCAGGCCAGAAGAAAUCAACCUGCUCACUGGGGAAUCUGAUGCACAGCAGAUGGAGGCGGAGGAGAAGCCAGUGAGCGCCCUGGAUGAGCCGGUGUCCCACUGGAGACCGCGGCUGGCGCUGAACGUGAUGGCGGACAACUUCGUCUUCGACGGGUCCUCCCUGCCUGCCGACGUGCAUCGAUACAUGAAGAUGAUCCAGCUCGGGAAGACCGUGCAUUACCUCCCCAUCCUGUUUAUCGACCAGCUCAGCAACCGCGUCAAGGACCUGAUGGUCAUAAACCGCUCCACCACUGAGCUGCCCCUCACCGUGUCCUACGACAAGGUCUCGCUGGGGCGGCUGCGCUUCUGGAUCCACAUGCAGGACGCCGUGUACUCCCUGCAGCAGUUUGGGUUUUCAGAGAAAGAUGCUGAUGAGGUGAAAGGAAUUUUCGUAGAUACCAACUUGUACUUCCUGGCGCUGACCUUUUUUGUCGCCGCGUUCCACCUUCUGUUUGAUUUCCUGGCCUUUAAAAACGACAUCAGCUUCUGGAAGAAGAAGAAGAGCAUGAUUGGCAUGUCCACCAAGGCAGUGCUCUGGCGCUGCUUCAGCACCGUGGUCAUCUUCCUGUUCCUGCUGGAUGAGCAGACGAGCCUGCUGGUGCUGGUCCCGGCCGGCAUCGGAGCCGCCAUCGAGCUGUGGAAAGUGAAAAAGGCGUUGAAGAUGACUGUUGUCUGGAGAGGCCUGAGGCCCGUGUUGCAGUUUGGCACUUACAGUGAGUCUGAGAGGAAGACCGAGGAGUACGAUACUCAGGCCAUGAAGUACUUGUCUUACCUGCUGUAUCCCCUCUGCGUCGGGGGUGCUAUCUAUUCCCUCCUGAACAUCAAGUAUAAGAGCUGGUACUCCUGGUUAAUCAACAGUUUUGUCAACGGGGUCUAUGCCUUCGGCUUCCUCUUCAUGCUGCCCCAGCUCUUUGUGAACUACAAGUUGAAGUCGGUGGCACAUCUGCCCUGGAAGGCCUUCACCUACAAAGCUUUCAACACCUUCAUUGACGACGUCUUUGCCUUCAUCAUCACCAUGCCCACGUCUCACCGGCUGGCCUGCUUCCGGGACGACGUGGUGUUUCUGGUCUACCUGUACCAGCGGUGGCUUUAUCCUGUGGAUAAACGCAGAGUGAACGAGUUCGGGGAGUCCUAUGAGGAGGCCACGCGGACGCCGCACGCAGACUGAAGGCCACCCACCCUUGGGGCAGGUGUACCUGGAAUUGUCAGUGAGUGUUUUUGGAAGCAUCUGGCAGAAUUCCUAGACGCUGCAUCUUCUGUGUUGCCAAAAUCCCUUUGGACGUUGCCCAGACCCCUCCCAGGUUCCCUUCACGUCAUCAGAUUUGGAGCUGGAUGUGCUUAUGAUGCCCCCUCUCCCCGCCACGUGUGAACGAACAUCUGUCUCGGUCACCGAGCUGGGCGCUGCCAGUCACCCUGAGCUAUGGUGGCUCCCGGCACGUGAGUGUCCAGUGGGGGUCAGCCGUGUCCUCAUGCUGGCAGGCGCGGGAGCCCUCACAGGCAGUGGGGUUGUCGGAUUUCCAUUUCAGGUGGUUUUUAAGUGCUCCUUAUGUGACUUUCAGACACGUAUGGAAUUCAUUCCGUGUGGACUCUGGGAUCAAAGGCUCUUUCCUCUUUUGUUUGAGAGUUGAUUGUUUUAAAGCUUAAUGUAUGUAUGUUUCUAUUUUAAAAUAAAUUUUUCUGGCUGUGGCAUUUUUCUUGA